GACUGUUUUUAAAUAAUAUGAAAACACAACAGCCCCAAUUUUUUAAUUAAUGGGGACCUCAAGGUUUCCAGAAGCAAUGGCAAGGCUUGAAUUUUAUGUACAAAGCGUUCUCGACUAUACGUCCAGGUAUAAUUAUUCUACUAGUCUUUAUUACGCUCCUACUAAUUUAAUUGGAGAGUAUGAGAAAUAUCCUACCUAUGGAGAUUUUCCGGAAGCAUAUUGCCUAAGAACUUACGGUAAAUGGUGGAAAAACAGCGAAAGUUACCAACCGAACUAUCGACCCCAAGAUUACGAUUUACUCGGGGCCGAAGAUUAUGUCACCGUGCAAUUCGAACAUGCACUCAUACCUAAGGAUAUUUGCGUUUAUGAAAUAUACAAUCCCGGUGCAGUGGUUCGCAUUUGGGCCAAGUUAUUGUAUCAAACUGAAAGGCCUUGGGCAUUGCUGUGGGAGGGCCAACCAGAAAAAUUUCCCCAUAAUUCCAGGAAGUUUCACCCCAAAAUUAAGCAAAUUAAUUAUUUAACAGAUACUAUCCGGUUAGAAUUCAAUCAAACUCAUCUUGAGUACCAUUAUGCGGUAGAAGCUAUUUUAUUAGGGGGCUAUGUACCCACUACGGGUUUACAAACUAGUGUAAUGUCUAUGGGUUUAUUAAAUCUCUUAACUGAACCGGUUACAUCAAAAAACCAAUGUAUCGAUAAUGUUUCUAUAACCAUUGAGGAUUUGGGAACUGAUUUUUUCUCUUCUUUACCAAAUGAAGUAAUUUUACAUAUAUUUCAAUAUCUAGAUUUAAAAUCGUUGAGCAGAUGCGCUAGAGUAAAUAAGAGGUGGAAUCAGAUAUCGGCUGAUGCUCUUUUAUAUCAAAAUAUUAAUUUGAAGCCAUAUUGGUACCUGGUAAACUGUGAUACUUUGCGUUAUUUUUUGGAAAGAUGUAAAACAUUGAAAAAAUUAGAUUUAUCUUGGUGUGGAAGUGACGAUGUUGAUGGUUUCGGUAACCUUGUUGUUUCACUUUUGGAAGCAAAUUUUUCUACACUUACACAUUUAUCGUUAGGAAAUUGUAAAUUUGUGGACACUGAAGUCGUAGUACGACUAAUAUUUUGUUCAGAGCUAGUAGAUUUAAGAUUAAGAAACCUCAGCUGGCGUGAUAUGGCCUUAUGGUUUAGUUCAAGCUGGCAUAAAAUUAACAAAUUAACGGCAUUAGACCUCACUUCUUCGGACAUCGAUGACAAUCAACUCAUUUUAUUAUUGAAGGCCAAUCCGCAUCUAAAAAUUUUAAUCAUAGAUUUAUGCGAAAAACUUCAGAAACUCGAUCAAGUGGUGCAAGUUCUAGUCGAUUGCAACAAACAAAUUUCUACCUGGAGUUCAUGGAAAACGUUGUCAUUGACUGCCGAAGGUGUUAGGCGAUUCGCGAAUUGCCCCAACAUCAAAGAAUUAGAUCUCGGAUGGUGUUUGAUUAAUAAAGAUCCCGGAAAUUGUUUGCAUUUUAUAGCAGAGGGUUGCCCGCAACUCAAAAGAUUAAUUCUGUCGGAAUGGAGAGGUUUAAACGAUGCUCUUAUCAUGCCUGUUAUAAUGUCGUGUAAGGAACUGACGCAAUUAGAUCUAUUAGGGAAUAAAAAUAUUACUAGUGAUACGUUUAAAAAAGCUCUAUUAUUACUACCAAAACUUAGAUUGCUCGAUAUAAGUUACUGCGAUUCCGUUCAACAGGAAGAGGUGAAUGCUUGGAGACAACAAUACCCUCACAUUACCAUACAAAAUUACAUUAUCUGAAUCAAUCCGUAUAAUUAGUUAAGGCGUAUUGAAUUUA